AGCCAUGUGUCAUUUCUAUCAUGCUAUAAUAAAAUAGGCUCAAAUAUUUAUCCCUGCCUCACACCCCAACACGAUGCUUUUCAAUGCGAUGUAAUAUGACGAUGUGUCGAUGUGGACACGAAAUAGCAAUCGACGGUUGGCUGCUGAGAUUUGCCACGGGAUGAUAACUCGAGCACUAGUUAUCUGUUUUCUGAUGACAGCCAUUUCUUUAAUUAGCUAACAAACGACGGACGCUUUUUUUCUAUUGGAGUUUCGUCAUUAAAAUGACUUAACAAGACAAACUAUUUCUUGAUGACUUCGAGUUUUUUUGUGAAUGUGAAGUUGAAGUCUGAUUGUCACAUUGGAGGAAUGUGUAUAGGAUUAACUUGUUGGGAUUAACACCGAGGUUCUAUCAAAGACAUAUUGGUUUACAGAUCAAUAAAGGAUCCACUGAUGGAGAGUCGCCUCUAAUCAAAGCAUGGUGAUAAAAAGUAUUGAACAUCAUUAAUUUUCUGGAGUAACGACAAUACAUUGUCAUAAUGAAAGAAUUUGGAUUCAAAAUCGUUAUUUUCGCCUGUUUGUGCUUUCUUGGACAAUGCGUGCCUGAUUUUAAAUUUAGUAUGGCUGAGGAGGAAAUUAUUGGCACCGAGGUUGGAGAUAUUUCAAACAGUGCUGUCUUCUAUAGCGGCAUGACCGCCACGGAAAUCUCAAAUCUACGUUUUGGGAUCUUGGAUAAAAGUCGGGAACCAGCAUCUUUCUUUUCGAUCGACGAAUCCUCGGGAGUUUUGACAGUUAAACAGAAAAUUGAUCGUGAAAAUGUAUGCGACUACACUAGUACCUGCACCUUGGAAUUUUCAGUGGCUGUCCAUUCAGUGAAAACUUCAUUUUCCAACAUUGCUAUUGUACUUGUAACUGUCCUCGACAUCAACGACAACUGGCCUACGUUCCCUGCUAACGAAGUGCACCUCGAUGUCCCGGAAGGUACCAAAAUCGGAAAAGUUUUCAAAAUCACCGGUGCCGUGGAUAUUGAUUCUCCCCCUGAUAACACAUUACAGACUUACGAACUCACUCUUGCAGAGAACAUAUUCUCCUUGACCUCUACCGAAAACUUGGAUGGUAGUUCGGUAAUUAACCUCAAACUAGAAACCUCUCUCGAUCGCGAAAAGAAGAGUGGUUAUACCUUUAAUAUUAUCGCCAAAGAUGGUGGUUCACCACCUAAAACCGGAACCCUCCGAGUCAAGGUCACUGUUACGGAUGAAAAUGAUAACCCUCCUGUCUUUAUGAAUAAUACCUACAGCAUCAAUAUUAAGGAGGAUACCCCUGUCAAUUUUACUGUGUUACAAGUUAAAGCUAUAGAUCUGGAUACUGAUCUAAAUGGACAAGUACGGUAUCAUUUCAGCACCAUGCAGUCCGCUAAAUUGAAAUCACUUUUUACCAUUAAUCCGAUGACCGGUGGUAUUCGUGUAGCAGGGGCCUUAAGCUACGAAGCCGGGGCCACGCACCAACUGAUUGUAGUGGCACUGGAUGGGGGUAGCCCACCUCUGAAAACUCAAACCGUUGUUAAUGUUGCAAUAUUGGAUAACGGAAAUAAUGCACCACGGGUCCGAAUGAAUACUCUAUCUAGCGAUGAAACUGAUGUUACGGAAGUUCCUGAAUCGGCGACCCCGGGUGCCUUUUUAGCUUUUGUUGAAGUCGAAGAUUCCGAUCCGGGACAGAGUGGACGUGUAGAAUGCUCCACAACAGAUACCGACUUCAAACUCGAGGUCCUUCAGGGAAAAGGAUAUAAAGUGUUAUUAAAUAGAGCGUUAGAUCGAGAAAUGCAGGAUACAUACGAACUUAAAGUCACAUGUACAGAUAUGGGAGAACCCCCUAUGAGUUCUACGGCUAAUUUGAAACUUAUAGUUGCAGAUGAAAAUGAUCUUCACCCUGUUUUCACUCAUCAACUGUAUAACGCUACUAUAUCGGAGAAUAAUGAAAUCGGCGAGUACCUUGUUACGGUAAAAGCAACCGAUAACGACUUUGGCAUGAACGCCAAGAUUAGAUACUCGUUUGGCGAAGGUGCUAAUGGACAAUUCAGAAUGCAAUCUAGUAGUGGAAUAAUUUCUGCUGGAAGAUCUUUUGAUCGUGAAGAGAACUCAAAGAUAACUUUCACCGUCAUUGCAACUGAUCUUGGCACACCAGCUCUAAGUAGCUCCGCCCAAGUGACCGUGACUAUCCUUGACAAGAACGAUAACCGACCCACUUUUGUCCGCCCUUUUUAUCAAUUGGAAAUACGUGAAAACGAAGUACCCCAUACUGUGAUCGGGCAGAUAGAAGCUGUUGAUGAGGAUGAAAGUACCAACGGCGUGGUGGAAUAUUUUAUGGCUGGUUCGGAAGGAGGUGUCGUACCUUUUGAAGUCCUUCCCAAUGGAACCGUUCGUACGACGAAAAUGCUAAACCGGGAACAUGAUAAUAAAUACUCUUUUACCGCGUUGGCCAGAGACAAAGGUUCAAAACCCUUGACCAAUUCAGUGGACAUAUUAAUUACGGUACUAGACAUUAACGAUAAUAAGCCAGUUGUCUUAUUCCCGACCUCAGGCAAUCAUACUGUGCUCAUCUCCGUUUUCCCAGAACCCAACUCAAUAAUUGGCAAGAUAAUAGCCUACGAUGAAGACAGUGGUGACAAUGCUAAAUUACGGUUUAGUAUUGUUGCGGGUAAUGGCGAGAACGUUUUUGACAUUGACAAUGAAACUGGAGAAGCCAUGGUUAUUAAUAAUUGGAAACUGGAAACUGAUCAUGUGUACGAUUUGACAGUGAGAGUCGAAGAUUCGGGAAACCCCAUUUUGUUUGAUACCACCAAAUUACGCGUGGAGGCCAUUUUUGACAAUAAGACUAUGAGUGAGUUGGUAGAUGGCGCUAAAAGCGAUAAAUAUAUAGUUAUCGCCGCUACCGUGGCUGGAGCAACCUGUGUAUUAUCCCUGAUCAUAAUUACGGCAAUUUGUCUUGUUUUGCGAGGAGAGAGAAGAAAAGCAUCGGCCCAACCCAAACCAGAUACAGUUUUUGAUAAUGUUCCGGCUAUUACCUCUGACAAAUCUCCUGAUCCCAAUAUUCUUUUCGGUGACCGGCGGUCGAACUCAAAGAGCCUGGUUUAUGGAGGUGAUACGAGGGGAGAUGGCGUCGGUGGCAAGAAGAAAGAGGUGAGCUUUAGUUUGGAUGAUUCAACUGAAGCUAGAGAAACAGAGUUUCAUCCCCGACCAAUAAAUAUAGCUCUAAAUAGAAUGGGAUUAGUGCCGACUACUAACAUACACAUACAUAAUGAUGAUAUACAUAGUGAUACAUCAGGUGAAACUAUAACUAGUGAUAGUGGUAGAGGUGGUAGUGAAGAAGAAGUUAAUAUGCAACCUCUUACUGAUAAAAAACAUCAAUGGCAGGCUCCAUUAACAUCAAACAGAAACACGUCUUUUGACCAGUAUUAUACGGACAAGCCAAGCCAUGAGUACAGAAAUAACAAGCCUGGACAACCGCGAUUUUUACACGCUAAUACAAAUAGACAGGACAGUUAUAGACAGGAUCAAUCUUUUAAUAGAUCCAAAAACAAUGACUUUUCUUCCAAUCAUCGGGAUAGUUUUAGGGAUUUCUCCAACCCAAGAACAAUGUUAUUACCCUACAAUACUCAGAGUUCUGUCAUUUCACAUGAUGAUGACGCCAGUACGACCACUUCCGGUAGCUACACAAUCAGUCCGGAAGAGAAUUUUCAUGACAUUGUGAUGGGAAAGGACGUUAUUGUGUAAUACGUGUACUAUGACGUCACCGAUUGUGUUGUACACGUUUUAAAGUACGUGUCAAAUUCUUGCCAUAAUAACUCACUGUAUAGGACAUACCAAAGAAAAAUUAAAAUGUGCUAUUAAGAGUAUUACUGUGGUUAAAGGAAGUGCCAUUUUGUGUUAAUCUGUUGGAACAAUCUUAUUUUCAAAAAAACAUUUUCAUAUUUCAUAAAUCAUUUCCUCACCAAAGACAUUUUGAAAUGACCUAUGGGUCAAAUUUAUGUGCUCUGUUUCAUAGUAUGUGUGUUGUGCGCGUGUCUGGUCAUAGUUGCAUGGAAUCAUUCGUGUGUUUGUGUCUCUUGUUUAAACGGAAGUGUGUAUGUAUGUCGAUUUCAUUUGCAUGUGUGUUAAUCAUUCUUAUCGUAAUGUUCAUAUUUGGUAUUGCCAAUUGUUUUUGUUUAAAACAGAUUCGCAGAACAAUUGAAUUUAUUAAUAUUGCUGUAUAUUUUUUCAUUAUUAAGAGUGCUCAUGUAGAUUGCAUAGUUAUGACAAAACUAUAAUAUAGAACAAUGUACAUUAUUUAUGAAUUAUAUUUGACUUCAAAAGUUCAUUAUAGUGCAUGAACAUUCAUCCAAUUUUUUAGCAUUCUUUGUAAUUUUGACUUUUUCUAAUAUUUUUCUAAGAAUUAAAUAUACUGAAUCAAGAAUAGACCUACAUAUAAUUAAACUUGAUUUGAAUUUAUUUAUUGCAAAUAUAACAUUUAUUCGUUGAGCCAAAAUUGAGUUCUAUGUAAUGAUAGAGUUCUAUGUAAUGAUAAAUUUAAAAUUGACUUCGAAUAACAUUACCCUUCUUCGUUUGUCCAAUUUGAAGUCAAUUGUACGCAUUUAUUAGUGUUUUUUUUAUUAAUAAUUUUAUUAAUAUUUGUAGAUACUGUUUUGUUACUGAAUAUAAAGAAGAUAUACUA